UUCAACCUUAGCGAUUGAAAUUUUGAACAGAAACCCAAAUGAAACGUCGUCAUUCUUUAUCAAACCGUCAAACACGAUACAGUAAUGAUCAACUAAAUGAAUUUUGUACAAAUGGAUCAAACUAUUUAUCGUCGGAACAAGUUAUUAAACGCCACCAGAUUAUCAAGAAAGGGCAUUUUCUCAGAAACAAAAAGUUAAGAUGGCUUAAAUACUCUGUUGCUGGCCUAACACCAAUUGAAGGUACUCGCUUCAUCGCUUUCAAGACUCCCUUACAUCCGUAUUUCUUCGCUUCGGAAGUGACAGAGAGGCACCGUUUUGACGUUGAUGCGAUCGUUAACCAUAUGGCCUCUCAAAAUAAAACGCUUGGUCUAGUGAUUGAUCUAACUGAUACAAAUCGUUAUUAUGAUCCUACUAGAUGGAUAAGACACAAGGUGAUUAAUAAAGAAUAAUUUAGAAAAAUUAUUUAGGUUGCCUAUAACAAAUUAAACUGUCCUGGACAUCAAGUAAAUCGCAGUGAAUUUUUCUUUGAAACAUUUCUUCAAAUAAUCAAAAAUUUUAUUGCUCAAAAUGUUGAUAAUGACAAGCUCAUUGGAGUCCACUGCACACACGGAUUGAAUAGAACCGGUUACUUGAUUUGCCGAUAUUUAAUACAAGAGGACAAUUGGAGUGCUACACAAGCAAUUGAAAGCUUUGGAUCAGCAAGAGGUUACCCUAUAGAACGAGGUGCUUAUAUACAAUCCUUGUACAAGAUUGAGAGGAUGAUGAACAGCGUUGAUUGUGAUGAGGAUAAUUUGGAAUUUUUUAAAACUUAAGGCUUAUUCGAAACUUAUUAUCCUACUUUUAUGGCAUUUGGUUGUUUAUUUUUAAUAUUUGAUAAAAAUAAAAUAGUGGAAAGUUUCCAGAUUAACCUCAAUUCGGCCCUGCCUAAUUCG